AGCAGGGAGAAGCUUAUCGUGAAUUUUUUUGGAGGCCGGGAAAAAAAACGGCAGGAACAAACAACAAUCACCUUCACUUCUGUCGCUUCUUGCCAAUUCCUGUUGUUUUUCCUUUCUUCCACCCAAACAUUUCGCAUUUAGAACCUCGUCUUCUUGCGACCAACCGCUAAAGCAGUCCUCAUGGCAGGGCCACGCGCGCCCAUCGGCACUCUCUCGCAGCACGCCGCCACAGCCGCGGGACUCGUGCGCGGCAUGGUUCCCAAGAUGUUCACCCGAACCGACCCGAAGCGCGGUCGCAAUGCCGAUAAGCCUGUGGAGAUCGAGAGCGAGAGCGACAGUGAUAGCGACAGCUCCUCUGGCAGCGACACCGAGACGAAGCUUGACACCAAGAAAUGGGGAGAAUCGAUGAAGGCGAAGAAAGUUGCAUCGACGCCGAUAAACAAAGCCAAAUCAAUCAAAACGGAAGCCGAUCUUAUCGCAUCACCCAAGGUGAAGGCAUCCAACUCUGCCACCAAAGCCAACGCUACUAAGAAGCGUCAGGCUUCCGAGUCGUCCUCGAGCGAGAGCAGCAGCGACGACGAUGAAGACGAUAAGAUGGCCGUCGAUUCCGAGUCGGACCUGAAGGCGGAUCAGAAAAACGUGAAGAGCGGUAGCGCCAAGGGAAAACAGAAGGCGGAGGAGACGAGCUCGGAAUCCGAGAGCGCGUCCAGCGACGAAGAAUCGGACGACGAUUCUGCGCCUGCGGUCAAGCCAGCUCGCAAGGCUGAUUCCACAACGACAAAGACCUCCGCCUCAGACGAAGAGUCGGCUUCCGAGAGUGAGAGUGAAAGUGAGGGCGAGAGCGGCAGCGAGGAUGAACCUGAGCCUCUGCAAAAGUCCAAAUCCAAGCCGGCUCCGGGUUCCAAAGCUUCACCGAAGAUCGCAAAUACCAAGAAGGCCGCUCCUAGGUCGUCAGCGACUGUCAACGGGGCCGCAAGGAGCAAGGAGAUGGUCAGCGAUGCGGAAUCAGCCGAUACGGAGCAGUCCGAUUCGGACUCCGAGGACGAGGAUGCGACCGAGUCCGCGACCGUCGAAAAGCUGAGUGGAAAGACAGCAGUCCAACCAUCCCGUGAGAUUGUUUCACAGGGUUUCCAUCUUCGCAAAGCCGAGGAGGAUGUCGAUGCCGCUGCAGUUGCCCGCGCCUUCAAAAAAGCCAAAGCAGAAGGCAAACAGAUUUGGUACUUCACAACUCCGAAGUCUGUGCCUAUCGAAGUUAUCCAGAAGCACGCUAUCCCCUUGGACAAGGUCCAUGCUGGAAAAGCCAUCUUUGCUCACGAGGGAAAUGAGUACACCGGCCAGUUUGAAGAGCCGGUGAACCACGCCAUCAAAGUCCUCAUUCCAGGAAAGACGGGGACCAAUUAUGAGAUAAUCAAUCGGUUGAUCGCGUUCUACAUAUCACCCGUGUGACGCGCUUUGGCGAGGAGGGCGAAAGCGAGCCCGCCUUAGCCGCCGCAUCAGCU